GACGCGUUAAUCUCCAGGGAAAUGGGCACGUUUGGAAUAAGCGGUACCAGUCAGCAAGCUCACUCUAAUAUUCCAAUGGCUGUGGGAGAAGUGUUUCCAGAGAGAGAGAGGGAGGGAGAGAGAGAAAGAGAGAGAGGGGGAAUAUGAGGGCAGUACUCAGGAUGAGCCUGCGCUUUGAGGCUGUAAAACACUAGACCCUGAGGGCAUUCUCUGAGCUCUCCCUCUUCAGGAAACUUGACUGCAAGAGAAAAGAAAAGUGAGCUGGUGUCUGCCGUAGUUGUAGAGUAUCAUAUCGAUGCAUUGGGCGUCCAGCUGAGAUGCCGCGACGCUGACGGUCCUGCCCCGUCUGUCGAACCGGACCAAUGAUGAUAAUGAACACAAUGAUGUCCACACGGCGCGUGUAGCGCUAAAUUCACCACUACCGGACUCUUACGAGACACUCCGCUUUGAUCUGCGCUCAUUCAAACUUCAGAUGGACUACCUUCACUCUGCACUGACCAGUAAAAUGAAUUGGAUCACACUACUGCUGGCCGGCUUGACUUUUUGGGGCAAAGUGUCCGUGCACAGCUGUUUAGAUUAUGAUGACAGUUAUGAUUAUUAUGAAGAGGAGAAAACGGAGACGAUAGACUACAAGGAUCCCUGCAAAGCCGCUGUAUUUUGGGGAGAUAUUGCCUUGGAUGAAGAGGACUUGAAAAUGUUUCAGAUCGAUGGGACGAUAGAGCUUUCGCAGCAGUCACAUGGGAGACAGGGACACACAUCUGGUGGUCUAGGAGAGCAUAAUCCCAGUAAGAAGAGAGGUUCAUUAUAUCUGUUGCUGGACAGAAUACGACGGUUAGGUUUUGAGUCAUGGCCAGUGAACAGCAGUAAAGAUGUUUCAAGCUCCAAGGCUGGAGGAAGGAGUCUAAACGGCGGCAGAGGUGUGAAGUCUCGAAUGCCACGUGCUGCCACAUCCCGAGCUGAGAAGAUCUGGCCCGGAGGAGUCAUCCCUUACGUCAUAGGAGGCAACUUUACUGGAAGUCAGAGGGCCAUGUUAAAACAAGCAAUGAGACACUGGGAAAAACAGACGUGUGUGACCUUCAUUGAGAAAACUGACGAGGAGAGCUACAUCGUUUUCACCUACAGACCCUGCGGGUGUUGCUCUUAUGUCGGUCGUCGUGGCAAUGGACCCCAGGCAAUAUCCAUUGGGAAGAACUGCGACAAGUUUGGCAUUGUCGUUCAUGAACUUGGUCACGUAAUUGGCUUUUGGCACGAGCAUACGCGACCUGACCGUGACGAUCAUGUGACCAUAAUCCGAGACAACAUCCAACCAGGUCAGGAGUAUAACUUCAUCAAGAUGGAACCAGGUGAUGUCAACUCUCUUGGUGAGCCGUAUGAUUUUGACAGCAUCAUGCAUUAUGCCAGAAACACUUUCUCCAGGGGAAUGUUUUUGGACACAAUUCUUCCCUCUCGUGAUGAGAAUGGCGUCAGGCCUGCUAUCGGGCAAAGAACUAGACUCAGCAAAGGAGAUAUAUCGCAAGCUAAGAAGUUGUACAGAUGCCCAGCAUGUGGUGAAACACUACAGGACUCAGUGGGAAAUUUCUCAUCUCCGGGAUAUCCUAAUGGGUACCCGUCAUAUACACACUGUGUAUGGAGGAUCUCUGUCACACCUGGGGAAAAGAUAGUAUUAAACUUUACCACUAUGGACCUUUACAAGAGCAGCCUGUGCUGGUACGACUACAUAGAGGUUCGUGAUGGAUACUGGAGGAAAGCACCAUUGUUGGGUCGGUUCUGUGGUGAUAAAAUUCCAGAAGUUUUGGUCUCCACAGACAGUCGGAUGUGGAUUGAGUUCCGCAGUAGCAGCAACUGGGUUGGAAAGGGAUUCGCAGCAGUCUAUGAAGCAAUAUGCGGAGGGGAGAUUAAUAAGGACUCCGGACAGAUUCAGUCUCCAAACUAUCCAGAUGACUACCGUCCAUCUAAGGAAUGUGUAUGGAGGAUCACAGUGUCUGAGGGCUACAGCGUGGGCUUGAGCUUUCAGGUCUUUGAGAUCGAGCGGCAUGACAGCUGUGCAUAUGACUAUCUAGAGGUUAGAGACGGUUUGUCUGAGAACAGCCCUCUGAUUGGUCGAUUCUGCGGCUACGAUAAACCUGAAGAUAUCCGUUCAACCUCCAACACCCUCUGGAUGAAAUUUGUCUCUGAUGGGACUGUAAAUAAAGCAGGCUUUGCUGCAAACUUCUUCAAAGAGGAAGACGAGUGUCUGAAGCCAGAUAAUGGGGGCUGUGAACAGAGAUGUGUUAACACAUUAGGAAGCUUCAAAUGUGCCUGUGAUCCUGGAUACGAACUGGCCCCUGACAAGAAGAGCUGUGAAGCUGCAUGUGGUGGCUUGCUGACUAAGUUGAAUGGCACAAUCACCACCCCAGGUUGGCCUAAGGAAUAUCCUCCCAAUAAGAACUGUGUGUGGCAAGUGGUUGCUCCCACUCAGUACCGCAUAUCCAUGCAGUUUGAAGCCUUUGAACUAGAGGGAAAUGAGGUGUGUAAGUAUGACUAUGUUGAGGUGCGGAGCGGCUUGUCAUCAGACUCAAAGCUUCAUGGGAAAUAUUGCGGUACAGAGGUUCCAGAGGUCAUCACCUCCCAGUACAACAACAUGCGAAUCGAGUUCAAAUCAGACAACACAGUCUCCAAGAAAGGCUUCAAAGCUCAUUUCUUCUCCGAUAAAGAUGAAUGUUCAAAGGAUAACGGUGGAUGCCAGCAUGAGUGUAUCAACACUAUCGGCAGCUAUGUGUGCCAGUGCCGCAACGGCUUUAUUCUGCAUGAGAACAAACACGACUGCAAGGAAGCUGAGUGUGAGCACAAGAUCCACAGCACGAGUGGAACCAUCAGCAGUCCCAACUGGCCUGACAAGUACCCCAGCAGAAAGGAGUGCACAUGGGACAUCACCGCCACACCCGGCCACCGGGUCAAAAUUUCUUUUAAUGAGUUUGAGAUUGAGCAGCACCAGGAAUGCGCAUAUGAUCACCUGGAGGCCUUUGACGGUGACUCGGACAAGACGCCCAUCCUGAGCCGUCUGUGCGGCAGUAAAAUUCCAGAACCGCUCAUCUCCACAGGCAACAAGAUGUACCUGCGAUUCAUCUCCGACGCCUCAGUGCAGCGGAAAGGCUUUCAGGCCACUCACUCCACUGAGUGUGGUGGUAGGCUGAAAGCAGAGGCACGUCAGAAGAACCUGUAUUCUCAUGCUCAAUUUGGGGAUAAUAACUACCCCGGCCACACCGACUGCGAGUGGCUCAUAACAGCAGAGUCGGGUUAUGGCAUCGAGCUCACUUUCACCACCUUUGAGGUAGAGGAGGAGGCAGAUUGCGGGUAUGACUACAUCGAACUUUACGAUGGCUAUGACACCGGAGCGCACAAACUCGGACGCUUUUGUGGAUCUGGGCCCCGUGAGGAGAUUUACUCUGCUGGCGAUGCCGUGUUGAUCCAUUUCCACUCUGAUGACACAAUCAGUAAGAAAGGCUUCCACAUCCACUACACUAGUACAAAGUUCCAGGAGGCGCUACACACACGCAAGUAACGUCUCCCCUAGAGGCGAGAAAGACUCUAGAGAGCACAGGGAUGCUACAACAAGGAGAAACAGACUCCAGAAAACUAUUGAGAUUGAUUUUUGUCAAUCAAAGACCCUGCCGUGAUGUGUUUCCUGCAUUGGAUUUGCCUCUUUAUGUUCAGCCAAUGUGGAAGUACUGUCAUAUUGACCCUAAACACCGAUCAGCUGCUCUUAUGUGUGGGAUAGCUCCGCCCACUGGAGUGCUGUCCUGCGCUCUCUGAGUGGACCAGUGCAGUAAAUCAACCCCUGGACAAACACACACACUCACACACAAAAACUUUUUGUUGGCUCUCUGUUUUUCAGAUAGGACGGUGAUAGUCAUGUAAAAUAACCGAAAUGAAGAGACAAUGACAAUUAAGUAACUUCUAUUGAACUUGUGUGUGUGUGUGUGCAUGUCGCUCUGGACAGCAUGGACAGUUUGGCUGCUGAUGCCACACCACACUGUACCUCAGCUAAAAUGUGUGUGUGUGUGUGUGUGUGUGUGUGUGUGUGUGUGUGUGUGUGUGUGUGUGUGUGUGUGUGCGUGUGUGUGUGUGUGUGUGUGUGUUUGUGUGUAUGUAUGUGUAUGUAUGUGAUUGUGUGUGUUUGAGAGAGAGUGAGGCCUUCAAAUACCAGCCUGAACUCAUUCAAAUGUUUGUAAAAUUAUGUGGUUGUAAUUUUACAAUUAUUCUGUUAUUCUGUCUUUAUAGCAAAACCCAUUUUUCUCCAUCAAAAGUGAAUAUGUAGCCCUAUUUAACAAUAAGCUUACUUACAUAUAUGUAGCCCAUUGCUUAUGUCUGCUGUGACGGACAUAGCAAUUCAACGCAAGUGGUUAUGACUACAAAGCUGUUUUAAGACAGUGGGACUCAUUCACUAAGCUUGAGUUUGUGGGUGAAAUCUUGAACAAACAUUUUAAGAAACAACACCAAUAACUCUGGGUGGCCUUAUAAUCAUGUUAAGAUGUUAAGGAUAAGAACAAAUUCAUGUGUGUACACGUGUUGUGAGUUAGGCAUUAAUUUUGUUUUUUUGAGAAGUUCUCUUGUGCGUACAAAUUCAAAAUAAUCCACACAAGUUGUUAGUGAAUGAGACCCAGUUGUGCUUCAUUCGUGAGCAGGCCCAUAAGGAAUCUGCGUGCAAUUGUCAUUUACAAAGAUCCCCCAUGCCUUGUGUGUUCAUUUAUUAAAUACUUUGUAUAAUUAAAUUAUGUUUUUAACAUUAUAUUCACCAUUUCUGUUCUGAAGAAUUCCAUAGAUUUUUUUUUUUCUGCAGAUUUCAUUUGGGCCUUCUCAUGAGUUGCAGAAACCAUGUGAAGUUGUUUGAGUUUGAAUUGUUUUUGUGUGUGUGAGAGAGAAAAAUGAAUAUUCUAUAAUUUGCCUGUUGAAGAAACCAGUGGUUUUCUCACUCUUCCAGUAACGCCUCCUGAAGAAGUGAACCGUGAACAUGAUGUGAACAUAAAUUGAUGUCAUAAAGCCUUGCAUAAUAUGUCUGUUACAGCUGUGACAACUGACUACAACCACCUUAACCCUGUGCGCUUUAUAUGCACUUAACGCAAAAGACUGUAUGGAACUGUGUGCUCUCCAGUCGUGGAAAUGAACCCAUGAGCAGUACCAAUGAAGCUGAAAAACUCACGUAAUCUCAAUGAAAAUUUUACAGACUCAUAGCAAGGGAACGUUCUCAGUUGCUAUAUUCCCAAAUGACGAGUUUUCCCUGCUUGGAAAAAAGCAAAGUCGCUGUUGAAGGGAAUUCCUACGGUGCUAUUCAGUGUCUCAAAAAAACGACAGGUCCCAUGAGGCAAUGCUCCAGCCAUUCAGUGAAUGCGUUGGUGCAAUGGAGAUGCAACGUUAAAAUAAUGUUGCUUAUCAACACAGAACAUUGACUCACAGCAUUGACAGCACUAGUGUUGUGGAGGAACAAUUAUUGCCUUAGAACCAAAAUGUACAUUCUUGCACAUGAUUAUGUUUCUGUAGAUAAUUGUUUUUUUUCCCCCAAAUUAUUAUUAUAUUUUAUUUGAUAUUAAGUUUAAAGAACUUGAACCUUUAUGUUAAAAAAAGAAAUUGAAAUGGACUGACCUGAAGCCGUCCCAUUCUGUCCAGUUACACAAACACACGCACACAUAUCUGCAUAUAUUCUUAUAUAUGAUCAUGUGCAAACACACACACACACACACACACGCACACAAAAUAAUGUUAUGUUAAUAUUAAUGCUUUAAAGUCGGCAGUACGACUGUGUGAACUGUGACGUGUGUGCAUCUGUUGGUCACAGGUCAUGUGACUGUUCUGACUCGUGUGAGUAUUUCUGUAUGUGCCAAGCUCCUGUUGAUUCCACUCUUGAUGAACUAUGACAUAUGACAAUGUGAAAAAUGAUUUAUUCACCUGUUUCAUCAUCAGCCUAAUGAUGAAGGAGGACACUUCACUCUCAACAGUGAUUAAACUCAUGUCAGGUCAAUUAAA